ACCACCCUCCCGCCAUCUUGGUAAUGGCCGCUUCCUGGAAGGCGCUGCCUCGUGGAACCUCUUAGUUUCAGUAUUCUAAACUAAAGGAACUGAGUAAUUUAAGUCAGGAAUCACCGGUGCACCAUUUCUCUGAAAGCAUCAGCUCUCAAGAGUAAGAGGACAGACAGCUCCAGAGCUCAUCAUGACCUCAGUUUACACACAGUGGUUCAUAGUCCUCAUUUCACUGCUUUCAGUGCUCCCCGUCGUUGAAGCAGUGGAAGCUGGAGAUGCAAUCGCCCUCUUGCUGGGCGUGGUCCUCAGCAUCACAGGCAUUUGUGCUUGUUUGGGAGUUUAUGCUCGAAAGAGAAAUGGACAAAUAUGACUGAAUCAAACCUUGUUCUAAAAACCUUUGUGCUCUUAAGGUUAAAAGUGAGCGUCAGUAUCCAAAAGUUCCCAAGAAACAGUAAGUAGGAUAGUUUCACCAUCUUAAUUGUUUCCCUAGAAAUGGGAACAAAUUGUUGCCUAUUAAAUGGACAGGGAAUUUUUUCCCCAUAACUCAUAAAGCAUUGGUAAAAUACAGCCU